CCAUGGAGAAAAAUAACUAUUUUUUUGUAUAGAAUGUCUCUCUCUAUCAAUUUUGCUUCAGAGUGGUUAAAACGAAUUUUAAUUGGUCUCACUGGAUACCUCAGUCACUCUGUUUGGACGUAGUUGAGUAAUUUUCCAGGUUUUCAAAAGAAGGAAGAACAAAAGAAAGCUGACAUGGCAGAUCUAAGGGUUUGCAUAUGCAUUGGCAUGAAGAAACUCUUUCUGAUGGUUAGAGAAGACACCACAGUGGAGGAACUCGCAUAUAUGAUUUUUCUAGAGGCGCUAGAGCAAUCCCCUCCUUCAACUGAAGAGCCGUUGUGUUCUUUAAUUAGAAUGUUCUACAAAGGACGCCAGCUGACCACUCCCAGCCUCACCAUGGGAGCUCUCCGUGUGAAGCAUGGCGAGCGCAUAACAGUUUUGCCCAAGAACAAUCAUGGAUCCACUCCCCAAAAAUCUUCCAAAAGUCCAGAACAAAAUGCAAAUCCUGCCUUCGGAAAUUUGCGGCAAUUGAAUGAGGAAGCGGACUUUUGUGAAGGAAAGGUCCGUGAGCUCUAUGAAGACAUUAAGUUAGUAGUGCCUCAGCUGGAGGAGUGCCGGAACAAGCUCAAGACCAAAUUAAAAGAUGUUGUCGCUUGCAACGAGGAGCACGAGAAACUUCUGCUCAAACUCGAUGCCAUUGAAACUAAGGGUGAUGACGUCAUCAGAGCCAAGCGCAGGGCGCUUGUAGUGCGACUCCAGAGGAGCUUGAGUGCUCUCGACUCCCUAUCUACUUCUGCGUCCAAAGCUCUACACAACCAAUCAUAAGCUUCGUCAUCAAUAAUUGUUCUUAUGUCUAAAUUAUGGACCAUAUUCUUUUGAAUUAGGCUAGGUAUAGAUAUUCUGUACUGUUCUAUGGACCAACUAAAUUUCUGAUCAAUGAACCCAGCUGACAAACUCAGCUUCCUAGUAUUAUUUAGUGCCUAGGUGUGAAUCGUACAUUCCGAUUCUGGUUUUUUGAUAGCUUUGACGCUUACCUACUGUGUAGGCUCUAAUUAAACCAAAAUUAAUUUUUAAUAUGUCUUCUACAAGGGAGCGUAUGUAGAUAAUAUGUCUUCUACAAGGGAGCGUAUGUAGAUUUAUUGUGCACCCAUUUUUGAAUGAGGUCUUUGGUGUAAUCGUUCCCUUGCGUUUUCAGAAUGUGUGAUCAGAAAAGGGUAAACUGUCUCUUCUGCUAAAGAUUCCUAAGGCUUCAUAGUACAACUAGAAUAAGUUUAAAUUAUUUAUUGUUUAUUGCUUGUAGGCAUCUAGAUUUUCUCUAAUGAAGGUGAUUGUUAACUUUGCUGUUGAGAUCAAACAGAAACUUUACACGAAAUUUAACUCCUUCUUGUAAUGCUUUUACUAAAAUUUGACGAUGUAAAUUGGUCGUGCUUUCAUCAUGUUCUAAAUAUUUUGCCUAGUGAACAUAUUAGGGGAAGAAAAACACUUUGUUGUGUGAAAAAAUUGUGUAGUUCAGUGUUGUCAGAUUGUUGCAUUGAGGCUGAAAUUCUGUGCCAGUUUAUGGUCUUACAUCAACCUUGAUUCAACAUUCAAAACAUUAGAUUUGGUUUUUAUCCUCUACCGCCGUAUAUCAC